CAGAUAACUCGAGAAUUUACUUAAAAGUGCAUGGGCUAUUCUUUAGGUUUUUUAUUAUAUUUUAUGAUCGUAAGCUAAUAAUGUCAAAUUCGUUAUUUGUGAUUAUUUGGUGAUAUAUGUAUAUAUGAGCGAUAAAAAACAAAGUUUUAAUUCCAUAACAAAAAUGUUGACAUCUUCAACUCAAAUAUUAAUAGCAAUGAAAACAGCCCAAAAUUGAAUAAAAUCAGUGUUAAAUCUUCUGAAGGCGAUAAAAAGGAGUUGUAGUGUGUUACAUGUGUUGCAUGUUCUCAACAAAAAUGGUUUAUUCAGGAACGCUUGUAAUAAAUAUAUUGAUAUGACGGGACAUAUUAAUAAUGAAACAGAAAUUGAAGCAUAUAGUUAUAAUAAAAAACAAAUUAUAAUUUAUAAAAGACAACAAUCAUCAUAUUUGGAGACCAAUAUGGCAAACACAAUAUCUAUAAUGUCCAAUGCGUUACGAAAUGUUGUGAGCAAAAAACGCAGACGCUACAAGGAAAAAGGAUUUAAUUUGGAUCUUUCGUAUAUAUGCCCUAAUAUUAUUGCGAUGGGAUAUCCUGCGCCAGACAUAUUCGAAGGCAUUUACCGAAAUCGCCUAGAUGAUGUUUAUAAAUUUCUGGAGGAAAAUCACGGAGAUCAUUACAGAAUAUAUAAUUUAUGUCAAGAACGGAGCUACGACAUUAAUAAAUUUCACAGGAGAGUUGCAACUUACCCAUUUGAGGAUCAUAACCCUCCUACCAUUGAGCUGAUACAACGUUUCUGUCAUGACGUUGACUCCUGGCUCAACAGAGACCCGUUAAAUGUCGUAGCCGUGCAUUGCAAAGCUGGAAAAGGAAGAACCGGUACAAUGAUAUGUGCAUAUUUGGUCCAUAGUAAGCUGAAGAAAACAGCGGAUGAUGCGUUGGCCUAUUAUGACGAAAAACGUACAAAAGACCGGAAAGGAGUUACAAUUCCAUCUCAACGUAGAUAUGUUCAGUAUUAUUCAAAUUUAAUCCCAGGUGUACGAUAUGAAGUAAUAAGUCUUUAUAUUUGUGAAAUCCGUUUUACCGAGACAAAUUACUUGCAUAAUCUUGGUACAGUGCAAUGUUCAAUUUCUGACAGGCAAGACUCUUCAACAGACAAACUUAAGGCGCAUGAACUGAAAACUUGGACAAUUGAUUUUCAAAAAACUUUUAUAUUGGAUAUAAGUAAUUCACCCCUAACAGUUUCUGGUGAUAUUAAAGUCGAACUUACUCAAAAAUCAUCAAGGAAGAUGAUUUGCCACUUCUGGGUUAAUACAUUCUUUUUGCAAAAUAAUGCGGCUAGCAGCACCGAUGAAAACACCGAUAAAUUUACGCAUACCUUAAUUAAAUCUGAAAUUGAUGGUGCACAUAAAGACAAAGAUCAUAAAUCGUUUUCGGAGGAUUUUAAGAUCUCUCUUGUAUUUCUAAAAGAAAAAAAAUGCUUCGACAGUAUAAACGCUGAACCGUCUGCAGAAAAUAAUUGGAGCCAUAAUCGAAGCUCGGAUUUUUUUCCUGGUGAUAAUGAUAAGAAUCUGAACAGUGAGGGUUCUGAUAUAAACUCUCCGUCCUCAAGUCGUUUGUUCGAAGGUCCAUUUCAUACCAGUGAUGAAAAAGGUGAAACAAAAUCGCACCUAAUAGAACAUAACAGAAAACUUACUAAAAAUCAACACAAAAAAUCAACUAUCUCAAAACUUCCUGCGUUGACAUCUAAACGAAAACAGUCUUCAUCAAAAUGCCCAUUAAGCGUUAGUAAUACUUCGUCAGGCAAGGACAACAAAAAGCUGCAUAUUUUUAAUCAACCGUCCGCUAUACCAUUCGAUAAAGUGCCAAUAAGGAGGCAUCACAAUAAAAUGUAUGAAAAAACCUCUGAUAGUCGACGUAUAUUUGAUCGAUGUAAUAUUUCCAACCUUUCUGGCGGGGAUAAGAUCUUCGAGCAGAAGUCAUACAAUAAUUGCAAACGAUCAUCUUCUGACUUGAAUCAAACUGGUGAAGAAGGAGAUGAAGAUUGGGAAUCCGAUCUUAAUUUACAGAACUAUGGAGCUAGCACAACCGGCCAACAUGAGGAGACAGAUUUCAACAAUGUUCCGCCGAGUUCUGAGAAUUGUUACUAAGGCCUGCUGUAUCUACCUUAAGCAGCAGAGUCAUCAAAAAAUGUGAUUUAUAUCCGGGGUGAUAUCAACAUCAACCAUGACAAGAGGUGAUAGCACACCACUCCACACUUUUUGGCUGCCAUUAUGUUAUUUAUUUAUUUUUAAAAUGUAAAAAACAACAAGCUUGUACAGUGUAUGUUGUUAAAGAUAAGUUCGAGAAAGCGGUUAUUGUUUUAGCCUAAAUUAACAAUAAGAGUAUAAUUUUAGCUCAAAGAAAAGCCCUGUCACUGUAUAUUUUUGUAGCCUUACCUAAAAAUAAAAGCUAAAUU